UUUUGUUUGGGUUUUAUUAAUUUCGUCUAGCUAUUGGGGGAAAUUGCCACGCAGUCAGUGUUUACUAACCGAACGAUUUUUAUUAUUAAAUAUUCUAACUGGGCCAUUUAUAUAUCGUUACAUGGUCUUGUCUUUAUAACACCAUAUACACUUUUACUCUACGUUGUUUCUUUAUUUUAAUUUUUCAGUGUAAUUUUACCAUGCACAUACGAGAUAUCAGCCAUCUGGCCGUUUUGGUUGCCACACAGCUUUCCUUUACCUCAGGCUUUCUGGUCAACGAGUCCGUGGACGAAAUCGUUAGUAACAAUGACAGAGCCGCGGGGAUAACGCCCGUUCAAGUACAUAUACCGUCAUUAAUGUUGCCACAAGAUCAGGUCUUCCCUGCAAUCCUAUAUUCGCCAGUCGCACAGACAUCAGCACCAAUGCAGCAAGCCAAUCCGAUUCAGCCCCUAUUGGAAGCUCUAGAAAAGGAAAAUUUGGGCAAAGACAAGGGUCAAACGAGCACCGUCACACAAUGGCUGUCAAACACCGACACUUCAUCCGAAGGCAGAAAAAUAGCAUACGACAGCAAUAUGGAUGGCAUAAUCAUGGGUCCAGGUGCUAGUAUCGCAGCAGUAGGCUCACCGUUUCAGAUAAAUGCACUACUCGGCCAAUUAACUGUACUGCCGUCGGGCUCGGACUUGGACUCAAGCUUGCCGCUCGGACAGCUGUCUGAUGGCUACAGAGGUGCUCCAAGCAUUGGCAACCAGCGUGUCAUUAAGGAAAAGGCCCCGUCAGACCCCACAUUUCCCGCAUAUCAGAAACCAAAAUCCAAUAGCAGUAAUGUUGUUGGCUUGCUUGAGACAGUUGUUCGAAACGCCUCGCCCGCCCCGGCCGCCCACAACAAUGCAUAUGACACGCAAAAGAUACUUGCCGUUAAGCCUGUCGAUAUCGCUCCAAUAGCAGCUGUAGCGAGCCCCGUCCACCCAAAUAUUGCUUCGCCACCUGCCGUCCACAUCGACAGUCCUGCCGUAGCUGGUGGAGUCAGCAGUUGCACUGUGCGCAAUAGCACUAUUAGCAACGUGAGCUGCGCCCAUGAAGCUCAGAUCACUCGUGUUUCCGGCGUCGCGCGUGUGGCCGACCGCAACUACUAUACGGCAGGCUCUGAAACUGUGCCCACUCAAAACGUAAUGGGCGAAAUCCGACAGGAUCCCGGGAGUGGCAUGAGAUAUCACGGGCACAAGUUGAUGCGCGGUGUUAACAUUGGUGGAUUCCUUGUUCCUGAGUUUUGGAUCACACCGUCGCUCAUCUCGUCUAUCCCUGACCCAAAGCCCAACGACUACUUGCAACUUUGCAACCGACUAGGUCCCGAUGCCACACUGCGUUUGAUGCGUAAGCACUGGGAGACUUGGGUGACAGAGGCUGAAAUUAAGCGCUUGGCAAGCUCUGGCUUGACACAUUUGCGCAUUCCAAUUGGCCACUGGGAGUUUGUCGACUCGGACGAAGGAUUUGUGCGCGGCGGCCUGCCCUACUUUAAGCGCUUGGUCUACUGGGCCAAGAAGUAUGGAAUGCGCGUCAUCCCCGAUAUGCACACGGCUCCGGGCAGCCAGAAUGGGUUUGACAACUCGGGCUCAACAAAUGGCAUUAACUGGACCAGCAACCAGCAGAAUGUUGCUCAGUCCAAGCGCGCCCUGCAGAUGAUGCUGCGCUACAUUUCCAGCGACCCUGUAAUUCUGGCUACUGUCGACGCUGUUGACCUAUUGAAUGAGCCGUUCAUUGACUCGCUAGACUUUAACCAGCUCUGGGAGUACAACGCUGGCGGCCACACUCUUGUUACCAGCGGCCUUCAAAAGAUACCCCCAGUCAUUUCGAUAGUCGACAGAGGGUUCAAGGAGUUUAGCUGGUGGCAGACGCGCUGGCCCCGGGAUUGGAAUGCAAAGUUUACAGACGCAUAUCUGGACGCGCAUCUCUACCACGUGUUCGACCGUAACAUCGACAAUUGGCCGCUGGAAAACCAUCUGCGGCUGGUGGCCCAGAAUGGCCGUGAUCUCAAAUCCAAUUCAACAUACUUCCCCAUCAUCGUUGGCGAAUGGUCACUGGCAUUGCCGCAACCAGCGUUGAGAGGGAGGGAGAAUGAGGCACGGCGGCGAUUUGCUGAGGCCCAGCUUGAUGCGUAUGAACAAGGCGGUGCUGGGUGGGUCUUUUGGUGCUUCAAGACAGAGUCGUCGCCAGAAUGGUCGUUCCUUGACUCGCUUGACCGCUCAUGGAUACCGCAGCCUUUGACCAGCCGCGAGUUCCAGCCGAUUUCUAGAUAGAAUUGUUUUUAUAUAUCGUAAAGCUGCGCUUGUGCGAGUGCUUUAAUUUUUCAUUCACAAUAUUUUGUUCAUACAAUGAUCAGAUUAUGCUGAUUGGUGAUCAAAUCCAUCGAUAACAGCUGGAAGAGUAGGAGGCUCCCAAUUCAAGCGCUCUUCAUUUUUCACUUAUUUUUUUGUAUUUUGCUGCUCUACAAUUUUUC